AUGCCUUGUAACUGUCGUCACGGCACAGGAUCCCAUGACCAUCUGCGGGAUGGCUUUGUUCAAGAAGGUGUUUUUGGUAUAGGGUCGCCUUUAAAUCACCAGGUAGAUCUGUUUUUUUUGCAGCUAUGGAAUGCAAGACACAGCGCCUCUGAAGCGGCACGUCUUUUUGACCCCAAAAUGGAAGAUAAUCAAGAACCUAUCUGUAGCGAUGCUGACCCGGAGCUUUUGUUUUUGUUGCCUCUUAAGCAGGUUUGCCGCGUCAGAGGCAUUUCAAUUCUUGGAACAAACGAUGACUUUUCCCCGUCUCAAGUAAAAUUGUUUUGUAAUCCUACUGAUGUUGUGGGGUUUGACUCUGUUCGUCGAUUGCAACCGCAGGAGGAAAUUCAGUUGGCUCAAGUCCCAGAAGGGGACCGAAUAGUGUACCGCCUGAACCCGGCGAAAUUUUCCAACUGCUCGAGCCUGGGACUUUUUUUUGAGCAAAGUUUUGGGGAAGAUGAAACCCAUUUACUUCGCAUUGACCUUUUCGGUGAAGCAACAGGGAGGUCCGUUCAUCAAGAACCGGCCACUAAUAUUGUGUACGAAGCCCAACCAAAUCCGGCUGACCACAAAGUGGCCGAUGAGCAUCUGAAAUCUUUUACGGUGCUAUAG